AAAAUUUAUGUCUGAAAUUGAACAACUAACUAAAUAAAAGGAAGAUAUUGAAUCCAGCUAAACAGUUUUAAAAAUAUGGUGUUCUUUAAAAAAGAAUUUAUCUUCAAAGUUUAAGAAUCCAUCAGAAGCUUUCAAAACAUUGAAAAAAGAAGGAAAAGAAACAUUAUUAAUUGAAGAUUUUGCAGAUUAUUCAAAAGGAUUAGAUUUGUAUAUAUUAACUUUAUUUUUAGAACAACAGUAUUUAAAGAUACAACUCUAAAUGAAGAUAACUUCAUCAAAUGUUGGGAAUAAUGGGAAUAUUAAGCAAAAUAAAAUGAACAUAAAAUAUAAAUGAUAGAAGAGAAAAUAGAAUUACUUAAUAUUUUGGAAUAAAAAGAUAAAGAUGGAAUCAAAUAAUUAGAAGCAUAGAAAAAUAAAAAAAUAUUAAAUAUUAUCUAAAAUUGUGAUAAUUUGGAAUAAUUAUAAGAGAAGUUAGAUACUUUAGUUUAAGGGAGUUAACAAUAAUAAAAGGAUAAAUUAGAUGUGAUUUAAAAUGAAUCUGAAUGUUUUAAUAAAAUUUUAUAAAAGAAAUCUGAAAUUAAAGCUCCAGAAUUAUAGAUUAGUAAAAUAUAAUAAAAAUAAAAUGCUGAAGGAUCAGAAGAUAGUUAAUUAUAAAAUAAGAAGAAAAAAAUAAGUUAUUUAGAUAGUUAAACGAAUACUUUAUAAAAAAGCAAAAUAAGUUUAAAUAUUUCUAGUUCUCAAUUGCAAACAAGUAGAUUAUCAACAUCAAAUUAAAAUAAGCAAUCAUACAUAUAUGAAUCCUAAGUGUAGAUAUCUCCUACUAAAGGUUAAUAGUUUCUUAAGAAUCCUCCAAUUACUUAACAAUAAUAAAUAAAGAAUACAAAUGAAGAAAGAGAAAGUGAAAGAAAAUCUCAUAAAUAAAAUAGAAUGAGAGGAGAUUUAUAAUCAUAUAUUUCAGAUCUAUUUUAAAAUGAAAGAGAAUAAUAAUAAUAAUAAAGAUAGGAACCAAGAUAUGUUAGAGAUUAUGAUAGAACAUCAUAUUCUAGUGAUUAAAAAGGACUUUCUGGUUUCCCAAAUUUUAGAAAAUAUUUUAAAAAUUAAUAAUAAAAGAGAGAACCAUAAGAAUUAGAACCAGAACCUUAAAAUAUAUCUAAAAGAGUGUAAAAUAUAAGGUAUUAAUAAAUAUAUAAAUAAGAUAUAAAUUAGAUGAUUUUUAGAAUUCUAAAUUAACUUAAUAUAGAUCAAAACCUUAAACACUUUAAGAUUGGAGUCCUGAGAAACCAAUCCGUUUAUCCUAACAAAAACCUAAAUUAGGUAGUAGAAAAUCUAGUCCUUAAUAUACUCCAGGAAAUACUCAUAGAUUAAAUCUUGAUAAAUUAAAAUAAGAAAAAUAGCAAGGUUCUGAAUAAUAAUAAACAACAAAUGAAUCGGGUUUUUUGAAGUCAGAUUAAUAAAAUCAAACAUUAAAAGGAGAUUCAUAGAUUAAUCCUUGAUAUAUUAUUGAAUAGAUG